AUGCUCCCCGCUUCACAACUGGCAGCUGCCUUGGCCACUGCGGGCCUCUUCCUCGCCUUCGGGUCCGUGGAGGCUGCGUCGGGCUUACAAGCUCACAUACGGCAACCCGCAGCGGUGUCUUACCAGGGCCGGAACAACUGCCCAACCCUCUGUAGCGUGUCGGGUCCAGACCCGGCCAACUGGACAGCAUAUCACAAUCUGGACCAAGUGGCACACUGCAAAGAGACAGUUUUCUACCACUUCUCUCUCCACGAUGCGGUUGACGUUGGCAGUAUGCCGCACCGCAUCUAUGCCUGCACUUCAUUCGGCACGACAAAGAAGGCGGGCAUUGAGGCCGCCGCGGAUAAGGCCGCCGUACAGACGUUGAACAAUGCAUCCUUUACGCUUGGCCGCUGGGGUGACUUGGCUCCCCAGCGUGUUGAUCUGCGCGCUCUGUCAAAACAGAUGCGCCGCUUCAUGGCCGACGGCUUCACGGGGGCGAACAAUGCGCCAUUUGUAUUGUUUGCGCAAACCGUCAGCAGCACGGCCGGUCUCUACAUGGGAAAGUACGUUGAAGUUCAGCCGACGGCGAGUGACGCACUCCUGGCCAUGGAGAAUUCGUUAUAUGGCUCCAACAAUACAGGCGGCAGCGUAGCUCUUGAGCUGUGCGGAGAAGGCUAUGAUGGCAUUGCCGCUGCAAACAGCCUGACGACUGAUGAGAUUGAAAGCUACAACGAAAACACGUGGGCAUGGAACGGCUGCAGUCUGCUGUAUGUUGGCAAUAUCAUCUGUCUUAGCAGCGGCACGCCGCCUAUGCCUGCGCCCCUUGCAAAUGCCGUGUGUGGCCCUCAAAAACCCGGCACUACGGCGCCGUCCAGCGGCACGGCUAACAUUUCGAGCCUCAACCCGUGCCCGCUCAACGCCUGCUGUGAUAUUUGGGGCCAGUGCGGUAUAACAGCCGAGUUUUGCACCGACACAAAUACGGGAGCGCCUGGAACAGCCAAGCCAGGAACUAAUGGCUGCAUCUCGAACUGUGGCACUGACGUGGUGAAGAGCAGCGCACCGGCCGAGUUCAUCAGCCUGGCUUACUACGAAGGCUACAGCUUCGGCCGUCCUUGCCUGUACCAGGAUGCGCGCCAAAUCGACACGAGCAAAUUCUCACACAUUCAUUUUGCUUUCGGCGUGCUGAGCGCCGACUAUGAGGUGUCGACGGGAGAUGAUCUCAGCACCUACGAAUUCAAUGCUUUCCAGCGACUGACUAACGUCAAGCGAGUGCUCUCUUUUGGCGGCUGGGCCUUCUCGACCGAGCCAGCCACUUACAACAUUUUCCGUACCGGUGUCACAUCUGCAAAUCGCCUGACCAUGGCCACCAAGAUUGCCAAUUUUAUCAAGGAUAACAACCUGGACGGCGUUGACAUUGAUUGGGAAUAUCCAGGGGAGCCUGAUAUACCUGGCAUACCUGCUGGCAAUGAUGAUGAUGGAACCAAUUAUCUCGCGUUCCUAGUCGUGCUCAAGAAUCUGCUUCCUGGCAAGACGAUUUCUAUUGCCGCCCCCGCCUCCUAUUGGUAUCUCAAAGCAUUUCCCAUUGACAAGAUUUCCAAGGUUGUUGACUACAUCGUAUUCAUGACAUAUGAUCUUCAUGGCCAAUGGGAUGCGAACAACCAGUUCUCGCAGGAGGGUUGCAGCACCGGAAUGUGCCUACGUAGCCACGUCAAUCUAACCGAGACUAAGACUGCCCUGGCGAUGGUCACCAAAGCUGGUGUGGCUUCAAACAAAGUCGUUGUCGGCGUAAGCAGCUACGGUCGUUCGUUUGCUAUGGCCCAAGCCGGUUGCUAUACGCAUGACUGUUUGUACACUGGCACUGCUACACAGUCUAACGCCGCCGAAGGCCCAUGUACUGGUACGGCUGGCUAUAUCUCAGACGCCGAAAUCUAUGACAUCGUCAACAAUAAUUCCAGCCGCGUCAACCAGAACUUUGUUGACAGCACGAGCAACAGCCGUGUUGUUGUCUACGAUGACAUUCAAUGGGUAGCCUUUAUGGAUGACUCCAUCCGUUCUCAACGCUCUGCGCUCUACAAAGGGCUGGCAAUGGGAGGUACCACCAACUGGGCCAGCGAUCUUGAGUCAUACAAUGAUGCCCCGGACACCAGUAACUCAUGGGACUCUUUCAAGCUCAAUAUCAAAGUCGGUGUAGAUCCGUAUGCUGAGGGGGAUAGACACGGCAACUGGACCGACAUAGCCUGUGACGACCAGUCCGUGCAAAAUAUCAACGGCCUGACGCCUCAGCAGCGCUGGAACAUGAUGGAUGGACCUGACGCUUGGUCCGAUGUCAUCGAUGUAUGGAAUGACUUCGACAAGGCUAAGGGCACACACUUCACUAUGUCUGUCUCGAACACCAUUCACGGACCCGAGCUAGCCGACUGUGGAUCAUUGCUCACUACCAACAACUGUGAGCAGACUUUGCAGUGCAUUGGCUUCCAGGGCGGUGGCUCAGGUGCGGCCGGCUACGAGAUUUGGAACUCCAUGGUUAUAAUCCAUGAGAUGUAUGCGAGCUACGUUACUGCCCUUUACCAAGCUGCCGCGGCGUCUCUGGACCCAGCGCUCAAAGACUUCGAGAACCAAUUUGCACCUAUUCCACCCCCAUACGAUGACACAUGGCUGCAAAUCCUCUUAGCAUGCACAAAUUUAGUAGGCACUGUUGCCGUAUCCGGCUUCUUGAACACUAUCCUGAAGUCAAUGCCAUACUGGAGGGCGAACUCGGUCUCAUACGACAAUUGGAAGGACACAGGAAAGGCUUUGGUGUCCUUCGGCGUGUCUAUUGCUGGAACACUCUCAGGCAAAGGCGGCGACUCGGAUUGGACUGCUGAAAAGCAAGAUGCCUUCUCCGACUACAUGGGUCAGGUAGUCUCUGCUUGGGGUAAUGUUACCGAGAUGUCUCUUAAACAGCUUUUCGACGGCACGGAUUCAUCUGUCAGUCUGUUAACAAGCCUAAUCGCCGACGGCCACAUGAUUGAGGGUGCUGUCAACAACGCCGUGGCAUACCCAGAUGUCACUGCGGGGGGCACGACGCUUGCGGAACUCCAGGCUAGCAUUUCCAAAGCCUUCUUCGCGUUUGCCAUUCCAGCUCUAUGGUCCGUCGCCGGUACACGAGCCUUUAUUCUUGACACCGGCUACGACUGCGGCACCGUUGACCCAGAGGACGAGUACCUGAGCACUGACACAAUGCAUAAAACAGCAGGCUGCUAUGAUGGCAAAUUGUAUUAUCUCGUUGAUCCUAGUGGCGAUGCCCAGGACUGUAGCAGCUGCGAUGGCUGCGCGGUCACCUGUACUGACAAUGACUUCUCGGCACCGCCAGGUAUCGACACGCUUGAUGGGUCGCGCUUUGGCGGUGUCACCGUGUCCGAUCUGAUCACCGGUGCCGUCCGCACAUAUAUCCAAAACGGCAACGCCAACGGUGGCGCCCAGACAGAUCCGACCAACGGCGGGUCACUCGAUGAUCUGAUGGACCAGGAUGUCACCACGCCCGGGUUUAUCCGCAUUCCUGUGUGCAGCCCUGAUGUUGCCUUCGCAGCCUGGUCAGAUACCGACGUGGAUAAAGACGUCGAGAACUAUCCUUGCUAUGUCAAGCCUUCUAUUAGCGACUGUGAGGAUUCUUCGUUUGUCGACCAAACCAGCGAUGCCUCUCCCUCGGUAGACGACUGCAUGGGUAUCGUCAAUAAUAUCAAAGGUACCCAGGGCGAGUGGGAGGUCGAAAACGCCAUUGGCACGCAACACCAGCUUGUUCAGUAUGGCGACUGCAAAUUCGGCAUCCAGGGCCUUAACAAGCACGGCAACAUCGACUUCUAUAUUGGGGCCCAGGAUAUCGUCGAUAUCAUCACCGAAUCCGUCAAACAAUUUGGCGGCAGUGGUAAAGUCGGUGCCAAGGGCCAGAUGGACUGUAAAGGAGAUGUCAACAGCCAGGAUGUUGAAUGGGGCUUAUACUAA